AUGGAAAAUAAAGAUUUACCAAUGAUAACAGUUUUUAAUGCAUCAACAGGUAAGGAAACAGAAGCUAAUCUAAUCAGACCAUUUAGUUCUCUUAUAUGGGAAUAUCCUCAACAUGAAAACCCUGAUUAUGAUGAUUAUAUUAUGACCAGGAGUUUUGAAUGCUCCAAUGUGAUUUAUGGUUUUAUAUGCAUAAAGCGACAUCGUCAGAAGCCUGCACAGUUUACACCCGAUGAAGAUAUCUAUUUUAGUGUAAUUAAAGGCAAAGUUGAAGUAGAACUUCACACAUCGAAAUUUGUGCUUAGAAAAGGUGGAUCAUUCAUUGUGCCACGUGGAAAUAUUUACAGCAUAACUAAUGUAUAUAAAUCGAAUUCAAUUCUCAUAUACUCAUAUUCUCAUAUACAACGUUACCUCGCUUUCAAUUCCGAACAUUUAUAG